ACUCUUUCUAUAUAUUGUAUCAUUAUAGGAAAGGGCCGCAAUUCUUCGGUGCCAACCGAAGUGGCCAUAGCAGCAGUGGUAGCAGUUAUGGCAGCAGCGGUGAUGUUGUUCAGGACAUCAAAGACCACAAUAGUAAUUGCAAUUGUGGUUGGUUUGCUGUUGCUCCUCGGGGCUUAUUGGUGGAGUGGCCACAAUACUGGUACAUAUGUCGAGCCACAAUAUUCAGGAGCAAGAAUAGAGGGGGAUGUUGUUACUUUGGAUUUUGUGAAAAAAAUGAUGGAAGAUUUCAAGAACCAGAAGUUCUUACAUAAACGGUAUGCAUUCCAGAUUGUAUUGCAAACAAGAGAAAUUUUGCAAUCUUUGCCUUCUCUUGUUGACAUACAUGUUCCUAAUGGCAAACGUUUUACUGUUUGUGGUGAUGUGCAUGGUCAGUUCUAUGAUCUUUUGAAUAUUUUUGAGCUUAAUGGACUUCCUUCAGAAGAGAAUCCGUAUCUAUUUAACGGUGACUUUGUGGAUAGGGGAUCUUUUUCAUUGGAAGUUAUCCUGACCUUGUUUGCAUUUAAGUGCCUGUCUCCAUCAGCCAUAUAUUUAGCCAGAGGAAAUCACGAGAGCAAGAGCAUGAACAAGAUAUAUGGUUUUGAGGGUGAGGUGCGCUCAAAGUUGAAUGAUACUUUUGUCGAACUCUUUGCGGAAGUAUUCUGCUUUUUACCACUGGCUCAUGUGAUAAAUGAGAAAGUUUUCGUUGUUCAUGGAGGUCUUUUCAGUGUUGACGGGGUCAAACUCUCUGACAUCCGAUCAAUUAAUCGAUUCUGUGAACCUCCUGAAGAAGGGCUGAUGUGUGAAAUUCUUUGGAGUGAUCCACAACCUCUCCCUGGAAGGGGCCCAAGCAAGCGUGGUGUGGGUCUUUCUUUUGGUCCAGAUGUUACAGAACAGUUUUUGCAGGAAAAUAAUUUAGAUUUAGUUGUGAGAUCUCAUGAAGUAAAGGAUGAGGGUUACGAGAUUGAACAUGAUGGUAAACUCAUAACUGUCUUUUCUGCUCCAAAUUACUGUGACCAGAUGGGUAACAAAGGUGCCUUUAUUCGGUUUGAAGCACCAGAUUUGAAACCUAACAUUGUCACAUUCUCAGCAGUGUCACACCCUGAUGUCAAACCAAUGGCUUAUGCAAACAACUUCCUCAGGAUGUUCUCAUAAUUUACAAAGCUGACUAGAAGCCUAGAACUGUCAAUGGUUUAAUGCUGUUUUGAAUGACUGUUAUUCGCCAAGGACAUGAUUCAAGCGAUGGCUAGAGAAGAUUUGGUACCGUGCUACAUGUUUAUCUUUGUUGUUCUGUAUAAUAUUUUUGGCUCAACAUUUUAUUAAAACUCAUUUUUUCUCCCCCUCCCCCCUAAUCUUUACCCCUUCAGUUUUGUGCUGUUUUAUUUUCUGUGAACAAGUGUAAGGAAAUUUACAUCUCCAUUUAGCUUCAUGAAACUCUGGUGAUAAUGUUUAACUGAAAUGACCACAUGAAAAUCACUGCUUAGAUGCAAGACCAUUUACUC